AUGAACAAUGACAAUAACAAAAUUAAUGAUAACGAAAGUGACGAAAAAAUUACGGAAAAACCAGGUUACGUCAACGUUUCUAAAAAUAAAAUCAACGCUUUCGAUAUUAAGCCAAAUUUUGGGAUCAUCUACACGAAAACGGCUAUUAAUAGGCAGGAUGGACUUUCCAAAAGUUAUUAUCUAUUGAAAGUAUCCGCCAAAAGUGGAAUUUCAGUGGUGGAAAAAGUUGAAGUUGAAGUAAUAAUCGAAAUAAAAUUUUUGGCCGGAAGUAGUAUAAUUAGUGGUAGUAGCGAUGGUGUAAGUAGUAGCGUCCUUAGUAGUAAUUAUGAUGGCGGAGCUGGUGGUAGUGGUAAUGAAUUAACCAAAGCAAGCCGUGCGGUCGAAGCCGGUAGCUCUGUUUUCAACCUCAAGAUCCCUAUCCUACUAGCCCUAUCUUGCUUUCUCGUCGGGAUGACUAUUUUCGUGACCGUGAUCAUCUUGCAAGUUAUUUGCUCCAAACUUUCAUCUCAAAACAACGACAUCAACAACAUCAACAACAACAACAGCAAUCUCAGUGACAUCAACUUUUCUAAUCCCAACAACAGCAUCGGCAAAAACAACAACAACAACAUCGGCAACAUCAACAACAACAACAUCGGCAACAUCAACAACAACUUGAAGCCUAAAGACGUUGCAUGUUUCAAUUGGUGCGCCAUUCAAAAUGACAAUAACACGUCAAUACAUUCAGAAAACAACCACAACAACAACUACAACAGCAACAACAACUACAACAGCAACAACAACUACAACAGCAACAACAACUACAACAAUAAUAAUAAUAAUUACAUCGUCAACAACAACAACAACAACAACACUUUUGAUGGCUUAUCGAAACUUGGCUGCUUGAUAAAAUUCUUCAAUGUGGCUUUGGCCCGAGUUACCGGUUCUGGAAUCGGUAAUCGAAUCGAUCAAAAAUCGGUAUCCGAAUGUCGAGUUGUACAUCGCCAACAACAACAACAACAACAAAAUAAAGAACAACACAAAAUAACAGUCAGAGAUAACUGUAAAAUUUGCAGAAAAAAAUCGUCACGUGUCAACGAUGACGUCUUGAUGGUGUCAUCGUCAUCAUCUUCACCAUCUUCAUCAUCGUCCUCAUCAUCCGAUUCGACUCAUUCGCUUUUGUACUCGCCAAAGAGAUUUGAAAUUUUUCGCAAAGAUUCGUCCUUGGACUUCAUGAACAACAAGCUGACCGUCUCACCAAAAAGAUAUCCGAGAUCUACCACAACAUCAUCCAACCAGCCAGCUCACAAUCAACCCAUUCCUAAAAUGUACAAUGACGUCAUUUCAAAUCUGCCAUCUAGUCCUCGGAGAAAUACCGCUCCACGAGAUCCAUCUCCGUUUCACUACCGACAAUCAUCGAUUCGUCAGACCAAUCAGAACCGAAUUCACGAACCCAUCUCCAAUUACAAGCACAUCUCUCUUCCUAACUCUAAAUUCGAAGCCGCUACACUCCCAAGUGGCCGUUUUUUAAAAGAUGCACCCCAAUAUAACAGCACAUCCCUAAAAUACAACAGAAACUCUAACCAUUUCGUCUCUAAAACUGUAAGUAUCAAGGGCGAAAAUUGUGAUGUCGACUGGCAUGGUCCGAGAAAUAUUUUGGGACGAAGUGGUUCGAUGCAGAGUAGGGUGGCUAACCCCGUAAAGUUCAAUGGGGGAAAAGUUAUUGUGGAAACAAAUUCCAAAGAUUACUAUUGGAUGAAUAACGUGUGA